UUUUUCUUUCUUUCUCCCUCACUUGCAUGAACAACACAUCACAUAAGCAGUGAGUAACACAGUGUUGGGUUGUUAAACAUGUAUUUUUGUCACUCUUGAGGUCUGAAGAGCCUCAACAGAAGUCACCCCGCGGAUCGUCUCAAUAAAAACUAAUUGGAUCAAUCUGCUGAUUGGUUCUGUGACUGCCCACAAGAACUAAUGUCACAAACCUGCAUCACCAUCGAUUGCACGACAGAGCAGUGAUUUCUGACAAGAUUUUUUUUUUCCCAACCUUUUGCCAAUUCCCUCUCCUGCGAUAGGUGUGCUCACAGAGAGGGUUGCAACAGCCAAAUGUGCAAAUACGAGUCUGUUCUGUCGGACCCGGUGCCCUGCAUGCUCCCACACUGAGACACAGCACAGCAUGCAGAGAGACAGGCAUGCAUGGAUGUGUACGGUCAUGCAUGUGUAGUGGGACUCGAUCCAUUUUCAUCUGUCUGCAGAACUAUUCACUUAACUGUUAAGCCAAUGCAAGUUUCUCCCCCUUUCUUCUUUCAUAUAUCUCAGCAUUGCACCUGAGAGCACUGUGUCUCCACUGCUCGGUGUCUUAACUAAAGGAGGUGGCAUGAGAUGUCUGGGCAGGUGAGAGACGCGUUAAAGGAAACCGAGGAUCUCAGAACUGUUGCAUGAAGUGAACACGGGGGUAAUAAUUAACGUGUCCGUGAGUCUCUCCACCGGGUUACACAACAAAUACGAGGUUUCUCCGCCGACUAUGGCGGGCAGGACGGAGAGCAGCACGGAGGACGGAUCCAGGGACAUGUUCUGUGUCGCAGAGGAGGCUGCAUGAGGGCCGACUCCACCUUCCACCUCCUCCUGUUCAAUCUGUGAAGAAACUACAUCUCCGACAGGGGAGGGGGGCUGAUAUCUAGAGAGAGAGAGAGAGAGAGACAUAGAGAGAGAGAAGGAGAGAGAGAGAGAGAGACUCUUCAGCAGCAGUCCGCGUCGCUCUCUUCUCCUCCGUCCCCCGGAGCGGUGGGGGACCGACCAGCCUUUUCUUCUUAAAGGGAUCAGGAGACGCCGAUAAAAGGAAAUACGUUUUCCCUCCGUGGAUCUACAUCUUUUUUUUUUUAUUCGUCAAAAAUAUGGCCGAUAAUGUCCUGGAGUCCGGCCCGCCUUCAGCCAAGAGGCCCAAGCUGUCGUCCCCGGCUCUGUCCGUGUCCGCCAGCGAUGGAAACGAUUUUGGUUCGCUCUUUGACCUGGAGCAUGACCUCCCAGACGAACUCAUCAGUUCUUCAGACCUGGGUCUGACCAACGGAGGGGAUGUCAGCCAACUCCAUACCAGUCUGGGUGGACUCGGAGGAGGGCUUGGUUUGGGAGGCCAGGAUGCAGCCACGAAACACAAACAGCUGUCUGAACUCUUGCGUGCUGGAGCACCAGCACAGCAAGGUGGCCCCACUUCCAACAGCACAGGACCCGGGGCUUCCAUGGGGAUGAUGGGGGGUGUCUCCCCUGGUGGACCUCAAGGCAUGCCCCCCCAGGGCCAGCAGCAGCAACAAGGAUUAAUGCAGCAUGUUGGGAUGGUCGGAGGGGUGGCAGCACUCAAUCGGGCAGCUGCCAUGAUGGGUGCACAGAAGGGCAACACUGGACAGCAGCAGCAAGGCCUGAUGGGUGGCCAGGUGAUGAAUGGGUCGCCAAGAAUGGGUUACCCUAGCAGUGCGGGCAUGGGUAACAGUAGUAAUCUGUUGGCGGAAACCCUACAGCAGCAGGGCAGUCAGCAAAUGGGACACGGGGGUCAGGCAGGGAUGAGACCACAACAACCCGGAGCACUGAACAAGAUGAAUAUGAUGGCCAACGCGGGCCCCUAUGGCGGUCCGUACGGCCAGUCUGGCCAGGGGCUCCCUGGAGCAGGGCUGGGCCCACAGCUCCAGAACAAGGCGGGCCUGCCCAACAAUAUGGCCACCCAGUUCAGCAUGGACAAGAAGGCACCACUGGGUCAAGGCAUGCCUGGGAUGGCCUCUCAGCAGCAGCAGCCUGGAGCAGUUGGUGGCGUAUCCGUCGGCGGAGCAGCAGCAGCAGUGGGAGGCCCCCAGGUUGGGCUCAGUGCCGUCGGGGCUGGUCCCGGCACAGCGCCCCCUACGGCAGACCCGGAGAAACGGAAGCUGAUACAGCAGCAGUUGGUCCUUUUGCUCCACGCGCACAAGUGCCAGCGGAGGGAGCAGGCCAACGGGGAAGUGCGGCAGUGCAACCUGCCCCAUUGCCGCACCAUGAAGAACGUGCUCAACCACAUGACUCAUUGCCAGGCUGGCAAGUCCUGCCAGGUGGCACACUGUGCCUCAUCCAGACAGAUCAUCUCUCAUUGGAAGAAUUGCACACGACAUGACUGUCCUGUAUGCCUGCCACUGAAAAACGCUGGAGACAAGAGGAAUCAGCAGUCCCUUGUUAACAGUGCAGGAGUCGGAGGUUUGGUGAACUCUUUAAGUUCAGGGGUUCCCGGUGGACAGUCCAGCUCUCCAAACUUGAACCCUCCCAACCAGAUUGACCCCAGCUCCAUAGAGAGGGCCUACGCUGCACUAGGCCUCACUUACCAGGGCAACCAGAUACCGCAGCAGCCAUCACAGGCCAACAUGUCCAACCAGGGUCUGCAGGGUCAGCCUGGGAUGAGGAGUCUAAACACAAUGGGUGGAAACUCAAUGGGAGUGAAUGGUGGAUUGGGGUCUCAAUCGCCCAACCAGCAGUCCAGCCUUCUGCCAAACACCCUGUUGCACAGCGGCAUGAAUGCACAGAGUUUGAUGAAUGAUGGAAACCUGGGCUCAAUGCCCACGGCAACUCCUCCUUCUGCUGCAGGCAUGAGGAAGUCUUGGCAUGAAGACAUCACGCAGGACCUCCGCAACCACCUUGUCCACAAGCUUGUGCAGGCAAUCUUCCCCACUCCUGAUCCAGCGGCCCUGAAGGACCGGCGGAUGGAGAACCUGGUGGCCUACGCUCGAAAAGUAGAGGGAGACAUGUACGAGUCGGCCAACAGUAGGGCUGAAUACUACCAUCUGCUGGCAGAGAAGAUCUACAAGAUACAAAAGGAGCUAGAGGAAAAGAGAAGGACACGACUCCAGAAGCAGGGCGUGAUGCCCGGCCAACCGGGCAUAGGCUCCCCAGGCCUCCCGCAGCUGCCUUCCAGCAUGGGACUGCCAAACAUGGCCCCUGGGCAACCCCCAAAUGGUCCUCACGCCGAUCCGUCCAUGGUCCGCCCAGCUGGACCCAAUCAGAUGGUCAGCAGAAUGCAGAACCCAGCAGGAAUGAACCAGUUUGCUCAGAUGGGGAUGCAGUCGAUGGGUCAGAGGUCUCCUCUUCCUCUUAAUGCUCCAAUGAAUCAGAUGGGUAUGGGAGCAUCAAGGAUGGGUCAGCCCAAUGCCCAACAGUUACAGAACCAGUACCUCCCUCCAGGCCAGUUUCCUGGGUCCAGUCCUGGACUUGGCUCUGGUCCCGUUGGCAUGAACCAGCCAGGAGCACAGACUGCUGUGCCACCGCAGAACCAGAUGUCAACGCCGCCUUCGCUCCCAGCCAGCAGCCCCGCAGCACAGUCUGCCUCUUCUGCUUCGGGCUCUGCUGCCCCUGUAGGCCCCAUGGGGUCUGGUAGUGCCAGCGGUGCUGGAUCUCUACCCAACCUGCCUCCAUCCUCAACCCCCACCCAUCCCAACUCCUACCCUCACUGCCCACCUAUUCGAACAAACUCCCCUUCACCGGCACGCAGCUUAACGCCUCAACCGCAUCAGACACCCCCCACGCUACCUCGAUCUCAGACCCCACAACCACAGACCCCCGGCACACCCCAGCUGCCCCCUCCGCAGCAGCAGCAGCAGCAGCAACAACAACAACAACAGCAGCAGCAGCAGCAACAACAACAACAACAACAACAACAACAGCAACAGCAGCAACAGCAGCCAUCGGGUCAGGCGGUGAACUCUGAGAAGGCCAUUCAGCUUCCACAGCAGACGCUUGGCAGUUUGGCCUCCUCGGGACCCAAGGGAGAUCAAGCUUCUUCGGUGCCUACCCAGAAUGCUCAUGUGCCAUUGCAGCGGCCGCAGACCCCACUUUCUCCGAAGCCUUCCCUGACAGCAGAUGGUCAGGUGUCCUCUCCUGGCUCGGUCAGCAGCAGCGCCAAUCCCAGCUCCCAGCUCACUCUGACGGACGGCUCUGCUCCCAGCCAGGAAGAUGUCAAAAUGGAGGUGAAGAAGCAAGAAGAAGAGGACGAAGGGGCUGACACUGAAGGAGAGGGCAAGGGGAAGAUGGGCAAGGGUCAGCAUGACGUGAAGACAGAGGAGAAACCAGAGAUUAAGAAAGAGAAGCUGUCAGGAGAUGGGUGUAAAGGCGAGCCCAUGGAUACAUCUUCAUUCUCGGCGUCAUCGUCGGUAGCAACAGGUGAAGACAAGAAGCCGGAGGUGAAGAAAGAGCCCAAAGAGGAAGAGGAGGGGUCAGGGUCAACGGCCAACAGCAGCUCCCCAGCCAGCGCUCAGAGCAAGAAGAAAAUCUUUAAGCCGGAGGAGCUGCGUCAGGCUCUGAUGCCCACCCUGGAAGCUUUGUACCGGCAGGACCCUGAGUCCCUUCCCUUCCGUCAGCCGGUGGACCCCCAGUUACUGGGAAUACCCGUACGUAUUCGAACUAGUAACAAAACUAACCUGGACUACUUUGACAUUGUGAAGAACCCCAUGGACCUGUCGACCAUCAAGCGGAAGCUGGACACGGGACAGUACCAAGAGCCUUGGCAGUACGUAGAGGAUAUCUGGCUGAUGUUCAACAAUGCCUGGCUGUACAAUCGCAAGACGUCCCGCGUCUACAAGUACUGCUCCAAGCUGGCGGAGGUGUUCGAGUCGGAGAUCGAUCCUGUCAUGCAGGGCCUGGGAUACUGUUGUGGGAGGAAGUAUGAGUUUUCCCCACAAACUCUAUGCUGCUAUGGAAAACAAUUAUGCACCAUCCAACGUGACGCUGCUUAUUUUAGCUACCAGAACAGUUCACCAAAAUAUGGGCUUCUUGCUGACAGGUACCACUUCUGUGAGAAGUGUUUCAACGAAAUCCAGAACGAGAGUGUUUCCUUGGGGGACGACCCCUCCCAGCCUCAGACGUCCAUCAACAAAGACCAGUUUCAACGAAAGAAGAACGACACACUCGACCCUGAGCUGCUUGUGGAAUGUAUUGACUGCGGUCGUAAAAUGCACCAGAUCUGUGUCCUGCAUCAUGAUACCAUAUGGCCUUCGGGCUUUGUAUGUGACAACUGCCUUAAAAAGGCCAACAAGACACGGAAAGAGAACAAAUACGCCUCCAAAAGACUUCCUCAGACCAAGUUGGGGUGCUAUUUGGAGACACGAGUGAACGAUUACAUCAGGCGGCAGAACCUCCCUGAUUCUGGCGACGUCACCAUCCGUGUGGUCCAUGUGUCAGACAAGGUGGUCGAGGUCAAGCCGGGCAUGAAGUCCAGGUUUGUUGACAAUGGAGAGAUGUGCGCGUCCUUCCCCUACAGGAUGAAAGCCCUGUUUGCAUUUGAGGACGUCGACGGAGCAGAUAUGUGUUUUUUUGGCAUGCACGUUCAAGAGUACGGCUCAGACUGCCCGCCUCCCAAUCAAAGACGAGUGUACAUCUCUUACCUGGACAGCGUGCACUUCUUCCAGCCUCGACUCAUCAGAACUGCCGUCUACCACGAGAUCCUGAUAGGCUACCUGGAGUAUGUCAGGAGACAGGGGUAUACAACGGGUCAUAUCUGGGCCUGUCCACCCAGUGAAGGGGAUGAUUACAUCUUCCAUUGUCACCCAAUGGACCAGAAGAUCCCCAAGCCAAAACGGCUGCAGGAAUGGUACAGGAAGAUGCUGGACAAGGCUGUUGCUGAGCGCAUCGUCCACGAUUACAAGGACGUCUUCAAGCAGGCUACAGAGGACCGGCUGACCAGUGCCAAGGAGCUGCCAUACUUUGAGGGCGAUUUCUGGCCCAACGUACUGGAGGAGAGCAUCAAGGAGCUGGAGCAGGAGGAGGAGGAGAGAAAGAGGGAGGAGAACAGUACCUCCAACGAGUGCACCGAUAUCACAAAAGGAGACAGCAAGAAUGCCAAAAAGAAGAACAAUAAAAAGACAAGUAAGAACAAGAGCAGCAUGAGCCGAGCCAAUAAGAAGAAACCGGGGAUCCCCAAUGUUUCCAAUGACCUUUCCCAGAAACUCUACGCCACCAUGGAGAAACAUAAGGAGGUCUUCUUUGUCAUCCGACUCAUCGCUGGCCCCACCGCCAACUCGCUGCCCCCCAUCACUGACCCUGACCCCCUCAUGGCCUGUGACCUGAUGGACGGCCGCGAUGCCUUCCUAACGCUGGCCAGGGACAAGCACCUGGAGUUCAGCUCUCUCAGGAGGUCCAAGUGGAGCUCCAUGUGUAUGUUGGUGGAGCUGCACAACCAGAGCCAGGACCGCUUUGUCUACACCUGCAACGAGUGUAAACACCACGUGGAGACCCGCUUCCACUGCACCGUGUGCGAGGACUAUGACUUGUGCAUCACUUGCUACAACACUAAAGGCCAUGAGCACAAGAUGGAUAAGCUGGGGCUAGGACUGGAUGACGACAGCAACAACCAGGCAGCAGCAGCCACGCAGAGCCCCGGAGAUUCUCGCCGUCUCAGCAUCCAGCGCUGCAUCCAGUCGCUGGUCCACGCAUGCCAGUGUCGCAACGCCAACUGCUCCCUGCCGUCCUGCCAGAAGAUGAAGCGCGUCGUUCAGCACACAAAAGGCUGCAAGCGCAAGACGAACGGUGGCUGUCCCAUCUGCAAGCAGCUCAUCGCUCUGUGCUGCUACCAUGCCAAACACUGUCAGGAGAACAAAUGUCCCGUCCCGUUCUGCCUGAACAUCAAGCAAAAGCUCCGGCAGCAGCAGCUGCAGCACAGGCUUCAGCAGGCCCAGAUGUUAAGGAGGAGGAUGGCCAGCAUGCAGAGGCUGGGUCAGCCAGCCGUAGGGCCACCGGGAGGACCUGUCGUAGGACUUCCAUCACCAGGGAACAAUGGUACCACGGCACCCAGUACCCCAACUUCUUGUGGAACACAACCCCCGACACCCCAGACCCCGACUCAGACCAUGCCUCCAGUCACACAGCAAGGAAUGGGCCCUGGACCUGGAGUUCAGCAGCAGCAGCAGCAGCAGCAGCAGCAGCAGCAGUCAGGUGGAAUGCCCCCACAAGGUGGCAUGCCUCCUCAACACCCUCAACACCCUCUUCAUCACCAGUUCCAGCAGAUGGCAGGUGGAGGAGGCGGGCAUGGGGGGGUAAUGAGCUCUCCACAACAUCAGCAGCAGAUGCUUUCUCAGGUGCAGCAGCAGAGUGGAGCAGGGACCAAGCCUCAACAGCUCCAACAGCACCCCAACAGUUUGCCUCCAUAUGCCAGCAGACCCCCGGGCUCCUCCCCAAUACAUCAAUCCCAGGGCAAACCAGUGCUUGGCUCCGCAACGCCUCCCCACCAGCAACAGCUUGGUGGCGGCGUCAUGGCUGGAGGUGUUGGGGGCCAACAACCUCCCGGCCAGCCUUCUCUUCAACAGCAGCCUCCUUCUGGCCCCCCACCGGCAGCAGUAGAAAUUGCCAUGAAGAUCCAACAGGUAGCCGAUGCUCAGAGGAAGAUGGCCCUGCAGAGACAAGCAGCCCAGGCAGCUGCAGGCAUGAUGCCUAUCCACCCUCACCAUCAACAGGGUCAGGGUCAACAGAUGGGCAUGGGACACCCAGGGGCUGUGGGGAUGGUUGGGACCCAAGGUAUCCCACCACAGAACCAAGCAGCAGUGGCUGCUGCUCGGGCCCAUAUGGAUCAACAACAGAGUGCUCAGCCAGGGAUGAUGGGUGGUGCUGGUGGCCCCAUGCAGCAACCCCCUCAGCAGGGUAACCUGCCCCAGGGCCAGCUGCCCCCUCAGGUACAGCUUCAACAGCAGCGGAUAGGUGCUCCACAUCAAAACCCUCAACAGCAGUGGGCAGGCCAGGGGAUGCCACCUCAGCAGAGGCAAGCUAUGAUGAACCAAAUGAGCCAUCCAGCCAUGGUGGCAGCUCAGCAGCAACAGCAGCAGCAGCAGCAACAGCAGCAGCAACAACAGCAGCAGCAGCAGCAACAGCAGCAGCAGCAACUGCAACAACAACAACAGCAACAACAACAACAACAACAACAGCAGCAACAACAACAACAACAACAGCAGCAGCACCAACAAGCUCAGGGCCACGCUGCCUUGAUGAAUAUGGUACAACAGCAGCAGCAGCAAGGUGCUGGUGGCGGGAUCCCAGGGGGAGCUGUCACUGGAGCUACUGGUGUCCCAGGGGCUGGUCUUGCUGGUGGGAACAUCCCCCAGGCCGCUCUUCAGGAGCUGUUACGAACUCUCCGCUCGCCGAGCUCACCACUCCAGCAGCAGCAAGUCCUCAACAUCUUGCGGUCCAACCCACAGCUUAUGGCUGCUUUCAUCAAGCAGAGGGCCUCAAAAUACAAGGGAGGUCAGGGGGGCCCAGGUGGACCAGGGGGUGUCCCUGGAGGUCCUGGUCCCACAGGGGGUCCUGUUGGUAAUGUCAUGGCCGGAGGUGGCCCACAGCCGAACAUGAAUGCUACUGGUGGCGGCCAGCCAGGGAUGCACAUGGGGGGUCAGGGAGGGACGAAUGUUAACAUGGCAACCAUGGCCCAGCUACAGCAAGUUCAACAGCAACAACAGCUGCAACAGCAGCAGCAACAACAACAACAACAACAACAACAACAGCUACAGCAACAUCAGCAGCAGCAGCAGCAGCAGCAGUUACAACAGCAGCAGCAGAGGCCAAUGCUCACUAGUUUGCAACAGCAGCAAGUGGCAGCUCUCCAGCAGCAGCAGCAGCAGCAGCAGCAGCAAGGUGGAGGAAGAGGUGUGCAGGGCCAGGGGGCACAGAUGGGGAAUAUCAACAAUCCCCAGUUUAGAGAGCUGCUCAUGAGACGGCAUCUCCAGCAGCAGCAACAACAACAGCAGCAGCAGCAACAACAACAACAACAACAGCAGCAACAUCAACAACAAAUGGGAGUAAAUCACGGUCAGUUCCAGCAGCCACAGCCGCCUCAGGGGCAGGGCUACAUGGGACAGCCUGGGAUGCAGCCUCCCACAGUGGGCCAGGGACCACCUGGAGGUCCGCCUCUUGGCCCUCAGCAGCCUGGUGGUCCCCCAGGCCAGCAGGGGCAAGGUUACCAGGGGUCGGUGGCCCAGCAGCAGGCUGCAGCUGCACUACAGCAGAGGCUCCAGCACCAGCACCACCUCCAGAUGCAGCAGCAGAAUGCCAUGGCUGGCCUGCAAGGAGGUGAUGCAGGGCCAGGUGGAGGGGGCGGAGGAGGCCCUCAGCAGCCACCUCAGGGCCCUCAGCCCACGCAAAGUGGCCCCCAACCUCCAUCUUCUCAGGCUCUGCUCCAACAGGCUCUCCACCAGAGGAUGCUCCAGCAGCAGCAGCAGCAGCAGCAGCAGCAGCAGCAGCAGCAGCAUCAGCAGCAGCAACAGCAGCAGCAGCAUCAGCAUCUGGGCCCUGGGGGGUCACCGGCCCAGCACAGCAAUCCCAUGAGCCCUCAGCAGCCGCAGCAGAUGGCCCAGUCCCCUCACCUGCAUGGCCAGGCGCUGUCAACAUCGCUAGCUAACCAGGUGCGAUCCCCACAGCCUUCGCCCAGACCUCAGUCCCAGCCGCCACACUCCAGCCCGUCCCCACGCAUGCAGCCCCAGCCCUCCCCUCAUCACAUCUCCCCACAGAUGCAGACGGGCUCCCCACACCCAGGCCACAUGAACCAGCACCAUCCGGGCAUGGUGGUCACUCCACAACAACAGCAACAGCAAACGACCCAGCAGCAGCAACAGAACUCUAUGGAGCAGUUUGGGUCGGACCAGAGCGCCAUGCUAUCCCAGCUGAGUGGCAUGGCUGGUCUACACGGGCCGGCCAACGGUCAGGACCCGCUGGGCCAGAACCCGAUGGGCCAGAACAUGACUCACAUCCUUUAGACAUCAUGUAGGAAUUCUACUUUACGUGUCAAGUUGAGCUGAAAGGCUCUGUGAUUCUUCGCACAAACUGCACUCACCCAGGACAGUGUUAUUGUUAUUACUUAGCCUUUCUUUUUUUAUACUAUUAUUAAAUGUUAUUUAAAAUGUUUUCAAUAAAGAUGCAUUGAACUGAACUUCCUAUGGGAGAUGAACAAUAAAUCAAGCAGUCGUUAAAUAAAUUAGAAUAAAUGAAUUGUAAGUUAUUGCUGUUAAUAUAUUUUUUUGCCAAUUGUGGACAAAGAGGGGGACGGUUUCUCUAGCACCCCCCCUCACCUCCACCCUUUUGCUGAAUACGAGAAAAGGUGAUAUUUUCGGGGUUUUGGGGGUAAAUAGGAGUACUUGCCUUUUUUAAGAAAUGUUUUUAAGAUUUUAAAAGUGGUCAAGAAUUAAAGUGGAAAUGAUUUAAUGCAAAGAACUUUUUAUGGUUUUCGUUGCCCCCAUCAUUCAGUCUGUCCGUCUAUUUCUGUUUGGCAGAUUAAUGUGGAUUAUUAUUAAUGUAAAUCCAAACAUGAUGCAUAUCUUCGGUUUUUUUUGGUUUAAUGUUUGGGUUUACUUUAUUUAUUGUUUUCUCUUGGGGGGUGGGGUGGGGGUGUUAUGUACCCUGAGACUGCUACAAUUCGUAUAGAAAUAUAUUUUUGUUAUUGACUGUUAUGACUGGGGUAGUGGAUAUUUCAUUUCACGUUAGAUGUCUUUAGUUGGGUCUGUCCAGGUGGGAAUAAUUCAUUGUCAGUAUUCUAUUGCAGUGGUUGAGGGUCUGCUGUGAAUUGAGACGUUGAACGGACUUAUUGUGACGUCCCGGCCAGCCUCUGUAUCGGACGUCGACCGUGCUGGAAGGGACUCUUCCCUCGCAAACAUGCAAGCCCUCUCCCUCGAAUGUGUGUGCACUCCUUCCUUUAAAGACACUUAAUAUGGAGCAGUGGAGGCUUGGGGAGGGGGGAUGCAUACCUGUGUGCCUGAAACAUUUUGAGUACAUGGGCUGGGAUGUGAAAAAAAAAUGGGUGGGGUGGGCUCCUUUUAGUGUUUUUAGGAUUCCCCUGUUUGGAGUAAACAGAGGAUUUUGAUCCAAAUGAACUGUGUUGCACAGAAAUGAGGUGAAAAAGUGGGAGAUAUGAGCGGUCGCUCCGUCUCUUUCUGCCUCGUCUCCUUUGCUGCUCCCCUUGGACUUUAAAUCCCCUCCCCCUCCUCCUCGUCCUCUCCUUCCCCCGGGGGAAGUUGCUCUCCCUACCCUCAAACUCCAUCCUCUUUAUCUUUCUGCUAAGAACUUUGGGAGUUUAAUUUAAUAUUUUUUACUGUACAAAGGAAACACAAACUGUGGACUCAAAUACUGUUUUUUAUAAUAAAAUGAAAAUUA